CGAAGAAUGUCAAACGGCCACUCUUCUCUACCAGACUGAUUUGAGGACCUCCAAACGGUGCGUUUUUGCCCGUGCAACUGCGCAUGAUCCCUGCCUUAGUCACGACGUCAGAGUUUGUGCCACCCCUGUCUCCGUCCCCGUCGUCGAAGCCGUUGUAAACCUCCCCCCCUUCGAAGUGACGGGGAAAUGAGGCACAGGUCCGGCGAUGCACGACAAGUCUCCGCGUCAAUACACGGCCCAACAAGACUCGGACAGGCAAGAGCAGAUCGAGAUGGACGAUGGCGACGUGAGGAGGAAUUCUUCCAGGCAGAGGCUCCUCGAAGCCGGACGCGAGACAAACACAGGCACGACGGGGCAAGGGGUCGUCGCCGGACUGGCGAGACACACGCUCGGCCUCAUGCUCCUUCUCCUCGUGGUGUUCCUAUGGACAUUGUCGAAUUUCUUGGGAAGUAGCAUAUUCGCAGACAACACUUAUGCGAAACCCUUUUUCCUUACGUAUCUCAACACGAGCAUGUUCAUGCUGGCCAUGAUCCCGACGCUCCUACGGAUCGGUUACAGACGGCAACGAGAUCACGGAGACUUGUACAUGAGACUGCGCGGGGCGUUGUCAGGACGAGGAGGAAGAGGGACAUACAGAAGAUUAUCGUCGGCCGGCGACCGAACACUAGUAGAUCCCGAGGGAUCUAGGGAAGACGAGGCCUUCCUCGCUGCUCCAGACGACCCGAAGAAUCCAUCGCAGCCGGAAGAAGGCUUUUUGGGGAGUGGUGGUCAAGAAGGAGCCGGAGCGGCAGCGGAGGAAGAAGAAGAAGAAGAGAAGGAAAGGGCGAAACACCUCGACAUCGCGUCCACGGCUCGACUGGCGCUCACGUUCUGCAUCCUGUGGUUCGGCGCGAAUUACUUUGCCAUGGCUUGUCUGCAGCACACCACGGUCGCGUCGACCACGAUAUUGACCUCGACGUCGAGUAUAUGGACCCUCCUGAUCGGAGCCUUCACCGGCACCGAAAGGUUCACGUGGCGCAAACUCCUCGGCGUGUUGGGCUCGCUGGUCGGCAUCGUCCUCAUAUCUCACGUCGAUCUAUCCGCCGCCAGCCCCGAAAACGUCGACGGUGACGGCGGGUCACCUUCGUCGCUACCACUGUCUCGGCGGGCCGUCGAUGUGUUCCCGGACAAGCCGGCGAGCGAAAUGAUGCUCGGGAACGCCAUGGCUCUCUUGUCCGCCGUGAUUUACGGCCUGUACACGAUCACGCUCAAAAGGACGACCGUCAAGGCGCUGCCGAGGUCCCUGAACAUGCCGCUGUUUUUCGGCCUCGUGGGACUGUGGAACAUUGUCCUGUCGUGGCCACUGUUCCCGAUCUUGCACUACAGCGGGCUCGAGCGGUUCGUCCUGCCGCCGACGGGCCACAUCUGGACCAUCCUGCUGGUCAACAGCGUGAGCAGCCUGCUCAGCGACAUCUGCUGGGCCUACGCGAUGGUCCUGACCAGCCCGCUCGUCGUGACCGUCGGCCUCAGCCUCACCAUCCCGCUGAGCCUGGUGGGGGAGAUGGUGCUGCAGGGCAGGUACGAGGGCGUCACGUACUGGAUCGGCGCCGCCAUCGUCGUCGGUAGCUUCGUCUUUGUCGACCACGAGGAACGCGAGGAGGAACCGCCGCCGCCGCCCGAGGUAGCAGCAGCAGCAAACCAGGCUGCUGCGAUGCUGCCGCCCCCGUCGCAUUAUUCUAAUCACGACCGUGGCGUCGCACUGGGCACAGAGCAGACGACGAAGAAGAACUUGUCGGGAGGACCAAAGGGCGCUACUACUGCUGCUGCUGCUGUCGAGGCAGCAUCCGGCCCUUCCAGUAACAAACCUGCCCCUCUCUUCUCACCCGAGGCCGGACCGUCGGAGGACCAAAAGAGGAAGAAAAAGAGACCCCCUUGGAACCGACUCCUUUCAGGUGGAGGUCCGGGCGGCGGCCACGUGUCGAGCGACGACGACGACGAUGAUGACUUUUGGGAUAGCGAUUCUGAUUAGCCAGGGGCUCAAUUUGUUGUUUAUAGGGGGAGCGCAUUGCAUUUCUUUAUCGGCAUGGUGAAUGGAUGCAUCGUAGGGAGGGGGGCAUCCUGACUUUUGGCAAGCGAAAUGGUGAAAACUCGUAGAGAAUGAUAUCCGGGCGUCUUUGUUUUUGAUUACCUGGGUAGGUUCCCCUCUAAAACCAAAGAAAUGCAUGCAUCUCUCAAUCCCAAACAUCAAAAGCAAGAAAAUAUUGUUCUCGAUUCUCUUAUUGUCC